UGAAAUGAAACAGAAAUCCAUCACGGGAGCUCACUGGCCAAGAAGCUCAGCUCCGAGAAGGAGCUGCGAGGGGGAGAGAGACACUGCUCUGUCGGGAUGGGUCUGCUCUUGGCUCUUGUGAUCGUGUACCUUCUGGCUGUGGGGACAGCGCAGAAAGUGUCUAGUGCAGACGGUCUGAAGGAAUGUAGGACGAGCCAAAGCUUGACAGCUCUGGAAGUGCUGCCUGGGGGAGGCUGGGACAACCUGAGGAACUUGGACCGGGGCAGAGUGAUGAACACGAGCUACUCGCAAUGUAAGACCACCGAGGACGGAGCCUAUUUCCUCCCAGACCAGGUGUACGUGGUGCCGCUGAAGCGGACCAGUAUCGAGACGGUGUCCGAGCUGAUCGAGAACUGGCGCACUUACAAAAGCUCCACCAGCGCCUCGGUCAACGCCGAGGUCUCCUUCCUGUCCUUCCUGAACGGCAAGUUCUCCAUGGACAGCGAGAGGGUCAAAACUCACCAGGUGCGAGACAGCAGCAUGACCACCAGAACCCAGGUGAGGAACCUCAUCUAUCAGAUCAAAACCUAUCCCAAUUUCCAACUGGACCAGGGCUUUAAGGAUCGACUGAUUCAGAUAGGCAACUACAUGGAGAACAACCAGACAAGAGCCGUCUCCUACUACACCCAGCUGCUUGUUCUUAACUAUGGCACCCAUGUGUUGACUGGUGUCCAUGCUGGUGCCAAUCUGGUGCAAGAGGACCAAGUGAGAUCGAGCUUUGUGUCUGACAGCUGGAGUCGGAAGUCCACCAUCACCGCCUCUGCUGGUGCCACCUUCUUCCAUACUGUGAAUGUCGGCAUUGAUGGCAACGUCGAAACCAUGGCUGAAUUCACCAGGCAGUAUUUGGGCAACAGAUCCCACUCCAUGAUCGAGAGCAACGGUGGGAUUCCCUUUUAUCCAGGGAUGACACUGCAGAAGUGGCAGCAGGAGAUCACCAAUCAGCUGGUGGCCAUUGACAGGUCAGGACAACCCUUGAGUUUCUUUGUUAACCCACAAACUAUUCCAGAGCUCCCGGAACCCACAGUCAGGAAGCUAGCCCAGGCCGUUGACGAAGCCAUUUCCCUCUACUACACCGUCAACACGCAUCCCGGCUGUUUGGAUCUCCACUCCCCCAACUUCAACUUUAGGGCUAAUGUUGAUGAUGGGUCUUGCAAGGAUAUGGGCACAAAUUUCACCUUUGGGGGCAUCUACCAGGAAUGUACCGGGCUUUCAGGUGCAGAUGCCAGGCCCUUGUGCGAGGCACUGGAGCAGAAGAACCCGCUGACAGGGUCAUUCAGCUGCCCCUCUGAGUACACAGCUAUUCAGCUGCACACAGGGGUAGAGGAGGAAGCCUACAGUCAGUAUGAGUGUCAGCGGCGCUGCCAUUCAUGUUGGGCCUUCUUUAGCUGCUGCAAGGAUGUGUGCGGAGAUGCUUACUAUGUGCGCCGAGCCCAGUUUAAGGCAUACUGGUGUGCAGCCAUGGGCCCAGUGACCCAGUCCUCGGGCUACCUCUUUGGUGGCCUCUACAGUGCAGAUGCUGGGAACCCGCUGACCCAGACCCGCUCGUGCCCGCCAUCCUUCUACCCAUUGAACCUCUUCCAAGACCUGAAGAUCUGCGUGAGUGAUGACUACGAGAUGGGACUCCGCUACUCUGUGUCCUUUGGCGGCUUCUUCACCUGUGAUGUUGGCAACCCACUGGUCCAGCAUUCCAAAGCAGGACUGGACACUGUCAUGAAAACAGAGCCGAGUGCUUACCCCAAGAAAUGCCCGAAGGGUUACAGUCAACACCGAGCCAUCAUCAGUGAUGGGUGUCAAAUACUCUACUGUGUGAAAUCUGGUGCCUUUGAUGGGUUCAAUUUGCCCCGCAUCAAUCUUCCCCCAUUCUCACAGCUCCCUCUUCUGACUGCCAGUGCCACUAACACUGUGGUUGUUCUCUCUCAAUACCAAGAGCCUUGGCUUAAGGACACUCAGACCAAACUGUGGAGAACAGCCCACGGAUCCGAAGUUCACGAGUUGUUUAGCAAGAGUUCUUCCGGCGGGGCCACAGCCGCCAUUUCUGUUACUGUUACCCUGGCCCUGGUGGCUCUGAUUGCAUUUGCUUGCUAUGGUAGGAAGCGAUGGAGAAACCGUGGUUACCAUGCAUUGGAGAGAUCCUCAGUGAUUUCCAACGCUGAGACUGAAGAACAUCAAGACCCAUCGGACUCAUAUCCUCAAGGCCAGAACAGUGGUGUCUGAUCAGAAAAGAUACACCAUUGGGUUGGGGGAGGGGGUGAAAUUGGGGCUGAGUACCUUGGUGCAUCUCAUUAAAUUGGACUGGCCUGCAGUGUCUUCCUCAUUUAUUUUUAUCCCUGUCUUAAAUUUAUUCCAUUGCACCUGCUUUAUUUCUCAGUGAUUCUUGGAUUCUCAGCAUUAUAUUUUGCUUAAUAGCAUACUUGGGUACAACUCAUUAAAUUGGAAGAAGGACUAGGGUGCGGAUAUUCCUAUUUUCAGUCAUUUGUUAGUAUGGUGAAAGCAAAUCAGUCAGUGGGUUGGUUGAAUGAUAAGGAGACAAGAUGGUUUAUUGAUGGAAAUGGGAAGUGAGCAGGAGAGAUGGAUUAGGCAAGUGUGAUAUUGAAGGGGACGGGACAGUCACCAGAAGUGUGGAUUAAACUGGGUUGGGAAAUAAGAGGUAUGAGGAAUGAAUAUAAUAGUGUGGGUAUGGACUGACUAGGAUAUUCGAGGGUUUGGAAAUGAGGAGGAAAUUGAGAUUAGACCAUGUGAUAGGGUGAAACGGUUUUUGUCUGAAAACAUUCUGUGAUUUGAUCUUUCUCGAAUUCCAUAAGUUUUCUUAAAAUUCUCAGCAUUAUAUUUUUGUUUAAUAGCACUGGUCAAUGUAUGGUACGGAUUUAUACAAAACACCCAGAUUUGAUAUUGUGAGUGUUCUAUCAACUGGGCUUGUGAAUGGAGUGACUGGGGAAGUUAAAUGUAAUUUUUACUACCCACGGUAAAUAUUGGGUGUGACAGACUCAAACUGAAAUCAACUGCGGAAACUGCUAAUAAAAUCUCAUGAGACAAAAAAAAGAUCAAACUUUGAAAUGGAAUAGAUGUGCGUUUGCUAAAUAAAAACGAGCUGAAUCUA